CUUAAAUUGUCUCCACCCCUGCUUUGAGGUUAUCAGCAAAGGAAUAUGGCUUCUCGCUCAUUAUAUAAAGCAAUUGCUUCCUCUAGCAGAAGCUUUGUACCACGCCAAAGCUUUUUAAGACAUUUUUCAGCUGUCAAAGUCAAUCAACAAUCGAUACCUCCUGUUUCAACCGAUGAACAAGUUACACCUGAAUCACUCGUUCCUCCUCCAUCAACACCUGUCAAAAAAUCGCUUCGACGAGCUGUAGCAGAAGCAGUUGAACCUGUGACACCUUACAACUUGACGAUCUCAAGACUGAUGGCUGCCGGUCUUCACCUUGGUCAUUCUACUAGUCUUUGGGAACCAGCAACACUUCCCUUCAUCUUUGGUACUCGCGAGGGUAUCAGUAUUAUCAACUUGGAACAUACGAUUGUUCACUUGAGAAGGGCCUGCAAUGUCGCUAGAGAAGUGUCACUGCGUGGAGGUUCCAUUCUGUUUAUUGGCACUCGUCCUGGAUUCCAAGAGUUGACGAUUGAAGCUGCUCGUCGAUGCGAUGGUUAUCAUGUAUCUUCAAAAUGGAUUCCUGGUGCAUUGACCAACAGACACCAGGUCUUGGGUCGUCACGCACCACCUGAUCCAGAAGAUCCAGGUCGUCCACCCAAGACAUACAAGCCUGAUUUGAUUGUUCUGUUGAAUCCACUUGAACAUAAAAUUGCUAUUGCUGAAGCACAACUCAAUAAUAUUCCAGUGAUUGCGAUUACGGAUACAGAUUAUGAUCCUCGUCAAGUGACUUAUCCCAUUCCAGCCAACGAUGAUUCGAUCCGAGGUGUAGAGUUAAUCGCAAAGGUUAUUUCAACUGCAGCCAAAGAGGGAUUAGUUAAAAGAAAGCAACUGCUUGAUCAAAAAGAUAAAGAAGAAAAGAUUAUUAGAAGACAACACUCCAACUAUAAAGCCUAAUUUCACUUCAUUCCCCUUCCUUUUUCUCUUUCUUUUGUAUAAAA